AUGCUACAUCACUCUAAGCUUCUCAAAGCGACUGGUAUGACACCGACAUCAUCCUAUGAAUUAGUUAGCACGCUUUUAUCGGAUUUAGAUGCUCAGCGGAUUGGAAAAGUACUCCUUGCGGGCAAUAAUUGUAUUGUUUUGGCCAAGAAUAAUAUGGAAAUGUACAAGGUCCAGAUACCGUCUCAAAUGAAGAAUAGUUAUCUUCUUCAUGCACUUGUUCGAUCUGGUGUAGACUUUGGUUACGUCUCGCCAUCCACUGCUAGUAAAGUAGUUCCAAUUGUAUUGACCUUCGUGCCAUUUUUGUACUUGGGACUGACGUACAAGAUGCUACGUCGGAUGUUUCGUACGGAUACGGGAGCUGUUGGUAAAGAUGGUACGAAGAAGAGACAUAAACAACAACAAGUGGAUCGAAUCUCGUUUGAAAAGGUUGCAGGAAUUGAUGGAGCGAGAAAAGAACUCGAGGAGGUUGUUGAGAUUUUGAGACACCCGACUCGAUAUCAGGAUAUUGGAGCUAAACUUCCCAAGGGUGUGCUGCUAUGUGGACCAUCGGGGACGGGGAAAACCUUGUUGGCGAGAGCUGUUGCGACGGAGGCAAGGGUUGCUUUCUUGUUUUGCUCUGCCUCGGAUUUUGUAGAGAUGCUAGUAGGAAGAGGUGCGGCUCGAGUACGAGAUCUCUUUACUCAAGCUGCGCAGUAUCCGCAAUGCAUCAUCUUUAUCGACGAAAUUGAUGCGCUGGCUAAAGCUCGUGGUGGUAUAAAUUCAAACGAUGAACGUGAGCAAACAUUGAACCAGUUAUUGACAGAGAUGGAUGGAUUUGAAGGAAAUGCCAAUGGAGUUAUUGUGAUUGCUGCUACGAACCGACCGGAGGUCCUAGAUCCUGCCUUGUGUCGCCCUGGUCGCUUUGAUCGCCAUGUGUACGUGGGUCUACCUGAUACCAAGGGACGUGAAGCAAUUCUACAGGUGCAUUGUCGUAAUGUGCGUCUUGAUAGCGAUGUCGACCUGUCUAUUGUUGCGAAGGAAUGCGGUCAGUUUGGUCAACUUUCAGGAGCUCAAUUGGCAAGCCUCGUUAAUGAGGCUGCGUUGCUAGCCGUGCGUUACGGUGAAAGCAGCAUCAAGCACGUGCAUUUUAAGCUCGCUAUGAAUCGCGCUUUUGAGUCGCAAUCACGCCGUGUUGCUGCACCAGGUAUCAAGCCCACGUCAUAG